GUUACUUUAACCUGAAGAAGAAUCAAACCACGAAUAACCAGCGUCUGCUACACACACACACACACACACACACACACGCGCGCGCGCGCGCACACACACACCUAACCUGCUGAAGGAGACCAGCAUGCGGGACACUACAGCUCUCUGACAGCUCAGCUAAGUUAGCCACAAGCUAGCGGAGCAGCGCAGCGUUGGUCGUGCUGAAUAUGGUUUAGUAGAGACUCUUGGUCCUGACUCACAGCUGCUCUCAUCCUUCACACAGCAUGUGGCUCCAGCAGAGGUUGAAGGGUCUGCCGGGUCUCUUAUCUAGCAGCUGGGCUCGCAGACUCCUCAUCGGGCUGCUGCUCUUCCUCAUCUCAUCCUGGUACCUGGGUGCAUGGCGCAGCUGGAGGCUCCUCAGGGGUCCGGCAGGGCCCGGGGGGGCCGCCGGACAGUGUCUGCUGGCUGAGAUCCACAGGUGGAAGUCGCUGGUGGACCGAGGAGAGGGGAUCUACAGCACGCCUCAGGAGGAGCUUCACACACCUUUAGUAUCUGGUAAUGGACAUAUUCUGAUUGACAUGGACUCUAACAAACUGUGGGUCGCGUCCUCUUCACAGCCCGGAUCAGCUCCGGUCCACCAGACCGAAUUCUCCCCGAGAGUGGGUAUCCAUCUGGAGGGUACCCGGGCCGAGGCUCAGGCCUCCAUGCUUUGGUUCCGGAAAGGAGCUGUGCUGUCGGUCCGCUGUGCCGCCCUGCAGUCAGCCCGGGACUGCAUCACCAUUAGAGAGGAGUUCAUCGCUCACAGAAGCCGGACUAACGUGUAUCUGCAGCGAAUACACAUCAACAACCCGUCAGACAGACCCGCCUCCCUGGACGCCUCCUAUGACAGCCCGCCCUUCGGGAGCAAGUUCUCCACCACUGUGGACAAAGUGGAGGACAGGGAGGUGACGCUGUACUCAGGCAGAGUGCCUGUGGAGAAUAAUCGGAUGGUGCUGGUGGUGGUGGCCACCAAGAAGCUGAACAGCAGGAUCCAGGUCUCUGCUAAAUCAGAGUACACAGAUAACAUCCUGUCAGUGGUGUGGACCUCAGAGCCCAUCGAGUCCUCCAAGCUGGAGGAGACCUUUAGCACUCUGCGAGAUGGAGCCAAAAAGGAGCUGGGGGAGCUGCUGAGGGCCAGCGUGGAUGAGCUGGUGGUAGAUCACCAGCAGGCCUGGAUGGACCUCUUCAUUUCAGGUGUUGAAAUGAGGAAGAUCACCGACUCCCACACACCAUCGAGCCGCACAGUGAACACUACUCUGUACUACAUCCUGUCCUCCUCCACGGCUCCACUGCUGGACCGAAGGCUGAGUGUGGAGGAGCGAACUCGUCUGGAGUCCAGCCUCAACUACGCUGACCACUGCUUCAGCGGCCACGCCACCAUGCACGCUGAGAACCUGUGGCCUGAGCGAGUGAGCAGCACCGCUCAGAUUUUGCAGCUGGUCACUCUGUGGACUCUGACUCUACAGAAGAGAGGUUGUAAAGUACUGGUGGCGGCCGGAGCGCACGGAGCCAUGCAGGGAAUGGUGCUCAGCUUUGGCGGCCUGCAGUUCACAGAGAACCACCUUCAGUUCCAGGCCGAUCCAGACGUACUGCACAACAGCUAUGCUCUGAGAGGGAUCCACUACAACCAGGACCUGAUUAACCUGGCGGUGCUGGUGGACGUGGAGGGGAAACCUUUCCUUCACGUGUCUGUGAAGCAGCAGGAGAAGCCUGUGAAGCUGUACGCCUGCGAGGCCGGCUGCCUCAACGAGCCUGUGGAGCUCACAUCAGAGAUCAAAGGUCACACUUUCCCUGUAAUGGUGACCCAACCCAUCACACCACUGCUCUACAUCUCCACAGACCUGCGCCACCUGCAGGACCUCCGUCACACCCUGCACCUCAAAGCCAUCUUGGCACAUGAGGAACACAUGGCUAACAGGUAUCCAGGCCUGCCCUUCCUCUUCUGGUUCAGCGUGGCCUCGCUCAUUACACUCUUCCACCUUUUCCUCUUCAAGCUGAUAUACAACGAAUACUGUGGCCCCGGUGCUAAGCCCCUCUUCAGGAGCAAGGAGUGAAGUGAAGUGGAGAGUCUGGGAGCAGCUGACAGUCACUCAGCCAUGUUUUUAAAAAAGGAAAUCAAGGUUUAUUACAACCUGGGUUUUAUCUUCUUAUACCUGACUGUUUGUUCCAUCAGUUCUACCAUUGUACAAAUGAAUGAAUGAGAUGUGAGAAUGUGGCAGGAAGACACACAAGCAGUCAGCUAUCAGACAGGAUGUAAACAAGGUUACCAUACUAAUUUGGAUCAUUUGGACGUUCCCAGGUCACAUCUUUGUGUUCCUUUUUUGUUGUUGUGUGUAAUGUGAUCAUAACUCAUAAUUCAUUCAUCCAUAAUUAAUGAGCAGAAUUAGAAAAAUAAUUUUAACUAGUGAUUUUUUAAUCACUAGUUAAGCUGCUUUGCUCUCGAGCAAGGAACAUUCAAAUAUGAUGCACUUUUGACCACACACUAUUAGAAAUGAGUGUGUUUCUACUCAGUGCUAUUAUAUCCAACACAGUUAAAAUGAUCCAUCUUUGUUGUGAGGGCAAUGGUUCUUAAAAUGUGUAUUAUUGUUUUAAAGUAACAAUCAACCAUCAAUUCAAGGCUGCAUUUUCUGAUAACUUUGACAUUUAGGGCAAAAAGCUUGUGUUGUGUGUUAGCAGAGUUAGGAGUCAAGCUUUAUCUGUGUGUGUGUGUGUGUGUGUGUGUGUGUGAGGCUAAGCUUAGCAUAAAGAUGGGACACAGGGGGAAGCUACUGUGUAAAGUCUGUCUUUAGUUCACUUUGAUGGUCAUCUACACUGUGUGCUACAUGUCAUUAGUGGCUGCAGGUCAAUAAAUGACCUCAAUCUGGGCUACAACUUAAUUAUUUUUGUUAUCAAUUAACAUCUUAAGAAUUUUCCGUAUUAAUCUGUUUAGUUGUUUGGUCUAUAAAAAUGUCAAAGUGGUGAAAAAGGUCAAUCAAUGUUUCCCAAAGUCCA